CUACAGGUGCGCAAAGGAUAUCUGAGGCCGGCUGCGUCGUCCCCGGUUUACACAACAGACCCGAGGCGAGGCGAAAGUAAUCUUUUCGCUGGUGGCCGACGAGGUACGGCUGCGUUUUCGGGUAUAAGAGGCGGUGCUGGACACAAAUGGUGGCUUGGAAAGGCCUCGAGCAGCCUAUAUUCUCUCUCUCUCUCUCUCUCUCUCCUGUUGGAACCGCUUGGUCGUGAGCGGUGAGGUGAGGAAAUGGACGGAGACAAAGCUUCCAGCUUGGAGGACCUCAGGAACGAGGCUGUUGAUCUGGAAAGAAUUCCCAUAGAAGAAGUGUUCGAGCAGCUCCGAUGUACCAAAGAGGGUCUGACGUCGGAGGAGGGAGCCAACCGGAUUCAGAUCUUUGGGCAAAACAAGCUCGAAGAGAAGAAGGAAAGCAAAGUCCUCAAGUUUCUCGGGUUCAUGUGGAACCCCCUCUCGUGGGUCAUGGAGAUGGCCGCCAUCAUGGCCAUUGCCCUCGCCAACGGUGGAGGGAAGCCCCCGGACUGGGAAGACUUCGUCGGAAUUGUCAUUCUGCUGGUCAUCAACUCCACCAUAUCCUUCAUCGAAGAGAACAACGCCGGGAACGCCGCCGCUGCUCUCAUGGCUCGUCUGGCUCCGAAAACAAAGGUGCUCAGAGAUGGCACCUGGUGCGAGCAGGACGCCGCAAUUCUGGUGCCCGGAGACAUCAUCAGCAUCAAACUGGGAGAUAUCAUCCCGGCCGACGCGCGCCUGCUCGAGGGAGACCCGUUGAAGAUCGAUCAGUCUGCUCUCACCGGAGAAUCCCUCCCCGUCACGAAGAAUCCCGGAGACGAGGUGUACUCCGGUUCAACUUGCAAGCAAGGCGAGAUUGAGGCCGUCGUCAUUGCCACCGGCGUGCACUCCUUCUUCGGCAAGGCAGCUCACCUGGUGGACAGCACCAACCAGGUCGGCCACUUCCAAAAGGUCCUGACAUCCAUCGGAAACUUCUGCAUCUGCUCCAUCGCGAUCGGCAUCGUCAUCGAGAUCAUCGUCAUGUACCCGAUCCAGCACAGGUCGUACCGGGAUGGGAUCGACAACCUGUUGGUCCUCCUGAUCGGAGGAAUUCCGAUCGCCAUGCCCACCGUCUUGUCCGUCACCAUGGCCAUCGGGUCGCAUAAGCUGUCCCAACAAGGCGCCAUCACAAAGAGGAUGACUGCCAUCGAGGAAAUGGCUGGAAUGGAUGUCCUCUGCAGCGACAAAACCGGCACGCUCACCCUCAACAAGCUCAGCGUCGACAAGAGCCUGAUCGAAGUGUUCGCGAAAGGUGUCGAUAAAGAUCACGUGGUCUUACUGGCCGCGAGAGCGUCGAGGACGGAGAAUCAGGACGCCAUCGAUGCUGCCAUGGUCGGCAUGCUUUCAGACCCAAAGGAGGCAAGAGCAGGAAUCCGGGAAGUGCACUUCUUUCCCUUCAAUCCUGUUGACAAGAGAACAGCGCUGACUUACGUUGAUGAGGACGACAAUUGGCAUCGUGUCAGCAAAGGCGCUCCUGAGCAGAUCAUGAACCUCUGCAACUGCAAGGAGGACGUCCGGAAAAGAGUUCACACGGUGAUCGACAAGUUCGCAGAACGCGGGCUUCGAUCGUUGGGCGUGGCAAGACAGGAAGUCCCUGAGAGGAGCAAAGAGAGUCAUGGUGGCCCAUGGCAAUUCGUCGGCUUACUGCCUCUCUUCGAUCCCCCGAGGCAUGACAGCGCCGAGACCAUUCGGAAGGCUCUCGACCUCGGCGUCAACGUGAAGAUGAUCACUGGUGAUCAACUAGCGAUAGCGAAGGAGACAGGGCGAAGGCUUGGGAUGGGCACCAACAUGUAUCCUUCCUCUUCACUGCUCGGGCAGCACAAGGAUGAGACGCUCGCUGCACUUCCGGUGGACGAAUUGAUCGAGAAGGCUGAUGGAUUUGCAGGAGUUUUCCCAGAGCACAAGUACGAAAUCGUGAGGAAGUUGCAAGAAAGGAAGCACAUAUGUGGGAUGACAGGAGACGGCGUGAACGAUGCUCCGGCCCUGAAGAAGGCUGACAUAGGUAUCGCGGUUUCUGAUGCCACGGAUGCAGCAAGAAGUGCUUCCGACAUCGUUCUUACUGAACCUGGCCUCAGUGUCAUCAUCAGUGCAGUUCUCACCAGCAGAGCCAUCUUCCAGAGGAUGAAGAACUAUACGAUCUACGCUGUUUCGAUUACCAUUCGUAUCGUACUUGGUUUCAUGCUUAUUGCGCUGAUAUGGAAAUUCGACUUCUCCCCCUUCAUGGUUCUGAUCAUUGCCAUACUGAAUGACGGAACCAUCAUGACGAUCUCUAAAGACCGUGUGAAGCCAUCUCCAUUGCCGGACAGUUGGAAGCUGAAAGAGAUAUUUGCCACCGGCAUCGUGCUGGGGACUUACUUGGCCUUGAUGACUGUCCUCUUCUUCUGGGCCAUGAAAGAGACCGACUUCUUCUCGGAUAAGUUCCAUGUUCGAUCGCUGAGAGAGAGAGACCACGAGAUGAUGGCGGCUCUGUACCUGCAAGUCAGCAUCAUCAGCCAGGCCCUCAUCUUUGUCACCCGCUCUCGCAGUUGGUCCUUCCUCGAGCGCCCCGGACUUCUACUGUGCGGUGCCUUUGUGGUAGCUCAACUGGUUGCGACUCUGAUAGCUGUUUACGCCAACUGGGGCUUUGCAAAGAUCAAAGGCUGUGGGUGGGGAUGGGCGGGAAUCAUAUGGCUCUACAGCUUCAUCACCUUCAUCCCACUCGACUGGAUUAAGUUCUCGAUACGCUACAUUCUAAGUGGAAAGGCCUGGGACUCCCUGUUUGAGCGGAGGACUGCCUUCACCACGAAGAAGGAUUAUGGAAGAGAGGAGAGGGAAGCUCAGUGGGCAAUCGCUCAGCGAACACUGCACGGCCUCCAGCCUCCUGAGACGACAAACCUAUUCUCCGACAAGAGCAGCUACCGCGAGCUCUCCGAGAUCGCUGAGAAGGCCAAACGACGAGCUGAGAUCGCGAGGCUGAGAGAGCUGCACACUCUCAAAGGUCAUGUGGAAUCAGUGGUCAAGUUGAAGGGGCUUGACAUCGACUCCAUCCAACAGCAUUACACGGUUUAGAAGCACCGCAUCGCAUAGCUGAUGGCUUCAUGGAAAUGCUGUUACAGUCCACGGUUGAUCCCAAUUGGCUGCUUGAUUGUAUUUCCUAAAGCAAUAAAACUACUGCUUUGAGACA